UGUGAUUGUAGGUCCCACAACUGCGCCAAAUGAUCGCAGAUAAAAUCCCAUUGUUUAAAGUUUCUUUGUGAUUUCACUAUGAUAGCACGGAAAGAUAACACGUCCUUGUUUACUGUUCUUAGGUGUUGUUCUUUAUUGCGAUUGUUUUUCACUUAGUUUUGAUUGCUUUAUUGUCUGAUGAAGAGGUUGUUUUUAAUAUUUUGGACAAUACAACGAAAUAUAAAAAUAAAUUGUCAAUGGUUUCAAACUGUGUUUUCGUGUCUUUGAUAGCUGGCGAUGGCGACAAACAGAAGCGGAGCGUCACAGAGGCCGAACGGUGCGCCGCAGACAAAGGUGUGCCAGUUCAAGCUGGUGCUGCUGGGAGAGUCGGCGGUGGGCAAGUCCUCGCUCGUUCUGCGCUUCGUCAAGGGCCAGUUUCACGAGUACCAGGAGAGUACGAUCGGAGCAGCGUUCCUCACACAGACCGUAUGCCUCGAUGACACCACUGUUAAAUUCGAGAUAUGGGAUACAGCGGGACAGGAGAGGUAUCACAGCUUAGCACCGAUGUACUACCGCGGUGCACAGGCGGCUAUCGUCGUCUACGAUAUCACUAACCAGGACACAUUCGGGCGCGCCAAGAAUUGGGUGAAGGAGCUGCAGCGGCAGGCGUCUCCGUCCAUCGUGAUCGCGCUGGCGGGCAACAAGAGCGACCUGGCCGCCAAGCGCAUGGUGGAGUUUGACGAGGCGCAGGCCUACGCUGAUGAGAACGGCCUGCUCUUCAUGGAGACCAGCGCCAAGACCGCCAUGAACGUUAACGACAUAUUCCUAGCUAUCGCGAACAAGUUACCAAAGAGCGAGGGCGCGGGCGGCGGCAGCGCGGCGGGCGCGCGCCGGCUGGCGGACGGCGAGCAGCCGCGCUCCUCCGCCUGCUGCAAGUGAUACCAGGCCGACACGUUGUUGAAUGUGGAGGGGAGUGGUGCGCGCGGCGUGCGGUGCCCCCGCCCCGCUGCCCCCGCCCCCCUGCCCCGCGCGCCUCUAGCUCACUAAGGCUUUGGUAUUUGUCAAAUAUAUUUUGUAGCAUAGCAACACUUUUGUUCCAACAGAUGGGUGUUGCCACUUUGAUUUAGCUAAUACUUACCGCAUCAGGUAACAACAAAUAAAACUUUUAUUAUAAUACGUAUUCAUUUAUCAAUAUACUAGCGAUGGUAUUUAUUGUUUAUAUUUUUUUUAAUUCCUCGGUGUUGUAAAGUUUUAAAAAAAAAUUGUCGAUACAUUAUUUUCUGUAUAGAAAAAAAAUAUAUAAUGAAAUGUAUAUGAAUUGUUAAUCGUAACAGCUAAAUAUAGUUAAUGUGGGAUAGUUGAGGACUUUCUGAACGAAAGUCCAUGAAAUUCUACUUAAAUAGUAAACAAAAUGCAAUAUAUAUGGCAACACUUGAUCAGUUGUCACGAGUUAAACUCAAACUGGCGCCGUGAGAUUAGAAAAUAAUUUUUAACUACUUUAAUACUAUACGUUGAAUAUUAAAAUUAACUGUAACACUGACUUAGCGCGAUUAUAUGCGGCGGAGCGCGUCCCGAAAGCUACGCGGUCACCAUAACUAGGUAUAUUGUAAACUUAAUUGUAAUCGUAACGAGUAAUAAACAAAAUGUUAUAUAUAACUUGGUUCGUGUAGACCGCGAUGAUGAUUCGCUUUUAAAUUUUCAUCGCUUUCAAAUGGAAGUGCAAAAUAUUUUAAUAUUUCUGUUGGGAAUAAAAUGA